AUGACGGCGGCGGCGACCAUGGAAGCACAAACGGCGCAAACUCCCUCCGAUCCGUCCUCCACCACCUUCCCGCGGUGGGUGAUGCUCGAACAGUACUUGAAGAUCGAGGCCGAGGGCUCCUUUUGCUCCACAUCCGGCGACGCCAGCAAGACAUUGGCGGCCGCCCGCACAAGCACCGGUCUCCCGAUCCAAGUGUCCCUCCGCCUCGCAGAGCCCCCAGCAGUUUCGUGCGUCUGCCUCCAGAUUCCUGACGGCCUUCAUGCAAAGGAUUCUGAGGUCCUCGCGGCGCACGGCGACUCCGUGCUCAUCGAGGUUUCCAUCGAAGAAAAGCAUGACUACACGACAGACUACUUCGUCUACAAUGCGUGCGCCGCCGCUGCGGAGCCCCCGCGGCUGCCGUCGCUGUCUUUGCUCCCGCCUUUCCAUCUCGGUUAUCAUGGCACCGGCCUCGUGCGCCGUGGCGAGGACGAGCUCGUCCUGGCGCGGCUCCUGACGGUGUCGUCGGCGAGAUCGGAACCGGCCACGCCGGAGCUGAUGAGGGUGGCCGACCUCUCCUUGUUCCGUGCUGGUGAGUGGAGCGUCAGGCGUCUGCAGAUCAGGUUUCGCGACACCAGUGAAUUUCGGGAACUUCCUACGUUCUGGAACGCCACCGUCCCUGUCGGCGACGGGCUACUCUGCUGGGUCGACCUACGGUGCCUGGGCAUUGUGCUCUGCGACGUGUUCGAGGAGACACCGAGGCUGCAGUAUCUACCACUCCCCAGGGAUAACAUAUGGGGGCGGCCAUCAAACCGCAACGUGUGCGUCACUGCUGGGGGCAACACGCUCAAGUUCGUCAACAUCUUUCCUCGUUGCUGCUGUGGCGGCGCUGGUGCCACCCGCUGCAAACUUUCUCGCCACGCCUACACCAUCCACACCUGGACGAUGAGGAUCGGCAAUGGCGACGACAUGGAGUGGGUGAAGGAUGGCAUGGUUGAUGCCACCGAGCUCUGGGCGCUCGACUCCUACAAGGGCCUCCGGAUCUUCCCACUUGACCACCCCGUCGUGAGCAUGGACGACCCUGACCUCAUCUGCUUCUGGUUGCACGAGCUCCCAGUUGAUGGCUAUUGGGAUUACAGAGACCGGUCCGUAGAUCUGCUAAUGGUCAACACGAGAAGCAAAACAAUACAUUCAGUCUCACGCUAUGAAGAUGGGUUGUUAUGCAUGCGAGAUGAUCAUCUGAUCCCCAGCAACGUAUCGUAUUUCUUCAAUUCUUGUCCUAGUAGUGGUGGUGAUGGUACAUUGAUAGGACAAAGGCAGAAGUGCAUUGAGAGGCAACCGCCAGCCAUCGUUGAUGAUGACGAGCAGCUAAUGAGAAUUAAGAGGCGACGUGCAAGCAUCACUACCAAUCCAACGUUGCAACCUGCUUCGAUCGCUGAGCCUUCUGUGCAAGCAUCAGAAAUCUCCGAGGCAUUUCAAGAGAUACCUAGCUAUGGAUUGGAUCAUGAUGAGAUAAUAAAAGCAUAUAGUAUUCUUAGCCGUGACAACUGCCGCGAGAUCAGAUCUUUUAUAAGGUUACCAAAGAAUGAGAGGAAGGAGUGGUUGUUGAUGGAGAUUAAGGCCAAUGAAGAAUGA